GAGCUGUCUAAAAUAGCCAUGCCCGUUGCGUUCAACGAGCCGCUGAGCUUUCUCCAGAGAAUCUCUGAGUACAUGGAGCACACUCACCUCAUCCACAAGGCCUGCAGCUUAUCUGACUCUAUAGACCGCAUGCAGGUUGUUGCUGCUUUCGCUGUUUCAGCUGUUGCGUCUCAGUGGGAACGGACUGGAAAGCCAUUUAAUCCUCUGCUGGGGGAGACAUUUGAACUCACAAGAGAGGAGGAGGGAUACAGAUUGAUCUCAGAGCAGGUGAGCCAUCACCCCCCAAUCAGUGCCUUCCACGUUCAGUCUCUGAAGCAGGAGUUUGAGUUUCACGGCUCAAUCUACCCAAAACUGAAGUUCUGGGGCAAAAGUGUGGAAGCAGAGCCUAAAGGCACUAUGACGCUGGAGUUAUUAAAACACAAAGAAGCGUACACGUGGACAAAUCCAAUGUGCUGUGUGCACAAUAUCAUCUUGGGAAAACUCUGGAUCGAACAAUAYGGAGCAGUGGAGAUAAUCAACCACAGCACCGGAGAGAAGUGUGUUUUAAACUUUAAACCCUGUGGGAUGUUUGGAAGAGACCUUCACAAAGUGGAAGGCUACAUCCAGGACAGAAGUAAGAAGAAGCGGAGCGUCAUCUAUGGGAAGUGGACGGAGUGCAUGUACAGCAUCGACCCUAAGCUAUAUGACACAUACAAGAAGUCAGAGAAGAAGACCGGCAGCGACUCAAAGAAGCUGAAACAGGAACAAAGCUGUGAAGGUGAGGAGGCUGAUGACCUGCCAGAAGUUCAGGAAACUGUGACUGUGAUACCAGGAAGUGCCUUAUUGUGGAGGGUAACACCGCGGCCUGCUCACUCAGCACAGAUGUAUAACUUCACCAGCUUUGCGGUGACACUAAACGAGCUGGAGCCCAGCAUGGAGAGGCGCCUGGCGCCGACAGACUGCCGACUGAGGCCCGACAUCAGAGCCAUGGAGAACGGAGACAUAGAUUUAGCGAGUGCAGAGAAAGAGAGGUUAGAGGAGAAACAGAGAGCUGCACGCAGAGAACGCUCCAGAGAUGAAGAGAAGUGGACAACCAGGUGGUUUGAGCUGAGAACAAACCCUCACACGGGGGCUGAGGAUUGGCUGUACACAGGCGGAUACUUUGACAGGAAUUACACCGACUGUCCUGACAUUUAUUGACCCAGGAGACCCCCUCGGUGGAUCGGGCAGCAUUCACUUUAUUCCUCAGCAUCUCCGAUAUGUGACGUUGUGAUGGUCAGACCCUCACUGUUCUGUUAAUCAGAUUAUCUGCAACUGACUGUGAACAUGCUCUGCAGGAGAAGAGACGUAACAUUAAGGAGAUCUUUUUUUAGAGCUUACUGACCAUAAUGUUGGUGUUUUAACCUAAAACUAUAUUCUACUCACAGCUCAAGGGUGUCAAACCAGCCGUGAUUCCUGGGAGCAAACUUCUGCAGGACACUAAAGGAUAAAAAUAUAAAUCCAGGUUUUAGUUCAAGUUCUCAGUCGUUAUCUUAUCUGUAGGUGAGCUCCACACUUCUGUCUAGUUUCAUUCAGAUAUCAGGGGUUAUUUCAACACAUCUGCUACUUUUCUAUAAUUAGAUGUCUAUUUUAUUCAACACUAAAUAUCUUUAACACGUCACAAGUGUUCCUGUGAAUCGAGACUCACCGUAGAGCAUAAGAAGCUGCUUUAUAACUAUGUUAUACUGUUGGGUCAUAACAUACUUGUCCACUGUAAUAUAAAAAUGUUCAUAAGAAUUGGUGCGUGCAUGUUCACCAAGAUUUUAGACUACACGAGAUUAAAGCCAUGAAAACCCCUCUUUCUGCACUAAGUGAAUGAAUUCUGUGGAUAAAACAACCGAUUUCAGCUGCCUCCUCAGCCCUGUCCUCUGACAGGUUUCUGCAAACAAACAGAGAUACCCAAAAGGGAUUCAGAAAUACAAGAAUCAAGACAAUUUUAAAAUUGUGAGGUCUGUGUUGACAAGAUUUUCUCUUAUAUUUGGAGCUUCCCGUCUUCAAGCCUGUAAACAUAAAGUAAAACAACAAUAUGAACAUGGUUGGUUGAGCUGUCUUUUUAUUAAUGCCAAAUGUGCAGUGUAAUUUACUUGUAAAUGUGCUUAAAACCUCAUUCUUAAAAUCUGAACAGAAUACCUGAAUAUUCAUUGAUUCUCAGGCAGGAUUUGCAGUCAUCAAAAGACAAAGAGGUAUUUUAAAAGACACAAUCUGGAAAUGUAAGUCUAAAUGAGUGGAUCAUAUAUGUGUUCGUAUUUUAUCAGACAGCUUGAGAAGCACACCUUUCCAGAGAAACGUAGGUCAGACUGGCUGCUGACGGCGUCUCCUCACCUGUAGACACCUGAUCCUAACGGGCUUGAAAAGCCUGAGUCAUGUUUUCAGGCAGGGUCAGUGAGACAGGAGGCUGCAGGCAUCAUAAACCUAUGCAAACUGAUCCAUCCUAUCUGCUCUGCUGAAAUGUGAAUUUAGCCUUCAGCUGGUUUGUGCUUCAGACAUUAAUGAUGAGCUCCAUCAGUGAUGUGAGCUGAAAAUCCAACACUACAUGCUGCAGCGGUUGUCUGUCGGUUCAGUUUUGUUUGUUUUUAAGCACUUCCUUGGUGUAAAGCUGCACAUCUGAGCACUCACAGUCCUAUGCACUUGCAUGUGGAGUGAAAUGUGGCCCAGCUGCUCAUCCCUUUACUCUGAAUUUAAAGCACUUUGUUAAACCCUGCAGCCUCUCAGAGCUGCAGGUCCAGUCGUUUCAUCUCUGUGUCGACCAUCCUUUUUUAAAAAAUAUUUACAUUGUUGUGUUUGUUCUUCCCCCUCCUCUUUCAAAUGUUCCCCAGACGCGAUCAUAUGCAUACGAACCAUAUUUAAAAAAUAAAUUAUUGGCUACAAUCUGA